CCAUGGCGGCGGAGGCCGGCGGGCGGGGCGGCCGCUGCGUGCGGCUGAGCGCCGAGCGGGCCCGGGCGCUGCUGGCCGACGUGGACACGCUGCUGUUCGACUGCGACGGCGUGCUGUGGCGCGGCGAGACGGCCGUGCCCGGCGCGCCCGAGGCCCUGACGGCGCUGCGCGCCCGCGGCAAGCGCCUGGGCUUCGUCACCAACAACAGCAGCCAGACCCGCGCGGCCUACGCCGAGAAGCUGCGGCGCCUGGGCUUCGGCGGCCCGGCGGGGCCCGGCGCCGGCCUCGAGGUCUUCGGCACGGCCUACUGCGCCGCGCUCUACCUGCGCCAGCGCCUGGCCGGCGCGCCCGCGCCCAAGGCCUACGUGCUGGGCAGCCCCGCGCUGGCCGCCGAGCUGGAGGCCGUGGGCGUCGCCGCCGUGGGCGUGGGCCCCGAGCCGCUGCAGGGCGACGGCCCCGCCGCCUGGCUGGCCGCGCCGCUCGAGCCCGGCGUGCGCGCCGUGGUGGUGGGCUUCGACCCGCACUUCAGCUACAUGAAGCUCACCAAGGCCCUGCGCUACCUGCAGCAGCCCGGCUGCCUGCUCGUGGGCACCAACAUGGACAACCGGCUCCCGCUCGAGAACGGCUGCUUCAUCGCAGGGACCGGCUGCCUGGUGCACGCCGUGGAGAUGGCCGCGCAGCGCCGCGCCGACAUCAUCGGGAAGCCCAGCCGCUUCAUCUUCGACUGCGUGUCCCAGGAGUACGGCAUCGACCCCCAGCGCACCGUCAUGGUGGGGGACCGCCUGGACACCGACAUCCUGCUGGGGGUCACCUGCGGCCUGAAGACCAUCCUCACCCUCACCGGGGUCUCCACGCUGGGGGACGUGCAGAGUAACCAGGAGAGUGACUCCGAGUCUAGGAAGAAAAUGGUCCCCGACUUCUAUGUUGACAGCAUAGCCGACCUGUUGCCCGCCCUCCAAGAUUAAAGAUUUAGUGUCUUUAAUCUCCAGAAUAAAAAACAUUGAAAAUCGUUACCCAAAUUAAUAGGUGGGGCGUAGGCCGGGCCGGCUGGGCGCCCCGCAGCGGAGCCACUAGGCGUUGGCCUUGUAAGUAAAAGUUCC